UCGCGGUGAAGGCUGGUGACUGCACUGUCUCAUCUUCACAGACGGCAGCAAUGCCUCCGUCAGACUAGUGGCUCUGUGUCGGCAGUGUCAUGGAGGACUCACAAUCUCUGCUGAGCGCUCACACCCUGGAGUCAAAGGUGGUGGAGGACUUCAGGCGAAGGCUCAAGUACUUCUUCAUGAACCCCUGUGAAAAAUACAGAGCCAGGGGUCGCAAGCCGUGGAAACUGAUGUUACAAAUAGUCAAAAUUGUCAUCAUCACAAUCCAGUUAGUGACUUUUGGUCUGAGCAACGAAAUGAUGGUCACCUUCAAAGAUGAAAAUCUGAUGGCCUUCAGACAUCUCUUUCUGAAGGGAUACAAAGAUCACCGGCUUGGAAGCUACGCACUUUACACGAAAGCAGACGUGUACGAUCACAUCUACUUCGUUGUCAACAGGUACACGGGACUCCAAAACCUGACUGUAGGUAAUCUUGCAUAUGGGAAGGUGGAGGGCGAGUACAUGCCUUUGACGCUCUGCCAAGAAUUGUACAGAAACAGCAGCAUCAAUCCUGGCAAUGAGACCUUUGACAUCGACCCACGUGUCGACAAAGACUGCAUUUCCAUAUACCCUAUGCAGUCGCUUGAAAACGGCAGCUUGGCCACACAGUUGGACUUCUCCUUAGACUUCAGAAGGCUGCUAUCAGUGAACAUCUACCUCACACUGAAAACCAUCAAUCUGCAGACUGUGCGGCAUCACGAGCUACCAGACUGUUAUGACUUCCAUAUAAUGAUCAUGUUCAACAAUCACGCGCACAGUGGGAAGAUAAAGGUCCAUGUUGAAAAUGAUGUCAGGAUAAAUGAAUGCAGGGAAUGGAGUGUGGAAGGCACUUCUGGGAAGAUCGAUUAUCUCCUCCUGGGGUUUGACUCUGUGGUUAUCCUCGCCUGCUUCACGUCUCUCGUCCUCUGCACACGAUCUGUCAUCAAUGGAAUCCAACUCCAGUUUGAAUUCAACACCUUCUUCAAUGCGUACUACAACAAAGCUGUCACGUGGACAGACCGCAUGGAGUUUGUGAAUGGCUGGUAUAUCCUCAUCAUUGUCAGUGACACAUUGUCCAUCUCUGGAUCAGCCCUCAAAAUUGGAAUACAAACAAAGUUCCUGACAAACUAUGACGUGUGCAGUAUCUUGCUGGGAACAGCCACGAUGCUGGUCUGGGUCGGUGUGAUUCGUUACCUUGGUUUCUUCAAGAAGUAUAAUAUCUUAAUCCUAACCCUCAGAGCAGCGUUUCCAAACGUAAUCCGGUUCUGCUGCUGUGCGGCCAUGAUCUACCUGGGAUACUGCUUCUGUGGUUGGAUUGUGCUUGGGCCUUAUCAUGACAAAUUCCGGACGUUUGACAGGGUCACAGAGUGUCUCUUCUCUCUCAUUAAUGGGGACGACAUGUACGCCACCUUCCUGCACAUGAGGGACAAGAGCUACAUGGUGUGGCUUUUCAGCAGAGUCUACCUCUACUCCUUCAUCUCUCUCUUCAUCUACAUGGUGCUCAGCCUCUUCAUCGCACUCAUCACUGACACCUACGAGACCAUCAAGCAUCACCAGCAAGACAAGGUGCCCGUGUCCCAGCUUCAGGCCUUCAUAGCAGAGUGCAGGGACCAGCCCGAGUCUGGAAGAUACCAGACUGAUGAGGAGUCAGCAUCGUGCUGCCUCUCACCAAGCUGUUGCUGUGGAUGACGUGAGGACUGGUAGCAGGUACUUUUUUUCCACAUAAAGGAGGCUUUGUUUGACCCGCAGGAAACUGCUGAAGUGAAACGGCUGUAUAGCCACCUUCAUAUUCCUCAUGGCAUCACUCUCUGUGUCAGUAUACAGUGAUUUCUUCUUCAAUUCCACAAUGGAUAACUUUCCCUUUAAUCCUUAGAACACAGUUCUAAGGGUUAAGUAUUUACUGUUUUAACAUACAGUAAAUACAGAGGCUAUAUGAAUGUGCAAUAUAGAGUGUCUUAUAUCCUUUUUUUCCAAAAAGUACACAAAGCGUUUAAAAUCGGAUUGAAUUUGUGAAAUUUGGACAUAUGUCACAGUUCACUUGGCUCGUUUUUAAAAUAAAAUAAACUAUUUUGUGA